CUGGAGCUCUGAGUGAAUCCAGGCCAGGAAAGGUCAGCUUGUCCCUGACUUGGAGGAUCAACUCAUUGACAGGAAUUGCUUCCUGGUAGAGACACAGCAUCAGAUCCAGGUAUUUUCAUGAAGGAGAACAUUUUAACUUGUUUUUUGGAAAUCUCUCAAGAUCAAAUUUGUACAUAGACCACACUUCAUAUAUUCCCAAGAUGACCAACAACGAGAUCACUUACACAACUGUGAGAUUCCAUAGGUCUUCAGAGUUGCAGAACCGAGCAAGGCCUGAUGAGACACAAAGGUCCAGAGAAGCUGUCCAUAGAGAAUCGUCAAUACCUUGGCACUUCAUUGUGAUAGUUCUCGGAAUCCUUUGUUUUAUUCUGCUGGUGACAGUGGCAGUGUUGGUGACACUCAUUUUUCAGUGUAGUCAAGAAAAAUAUAAUCAAAACAACGUCAAUCAAAGCACUGGACAGAAUAUCAGCGCCUCAGAUAAAAUACUGACAAAUAAGUCAUCAGAGUAUGAAGGCUGCAACAAUCAGAAGGAACAGAACAGAUGCUGUGGAAAAACUAAGACUAUUUUAGAUUAUGGAAAGUACACAG